AUGGCUGCGGCUAGAGUGGAAAUCGCUAUUCGCGGAGCACCGCACAAUUGCAACGAGGACAACGAGGAUGCUAGUAGCGACCCGCAACAAACCAACCCGACCAGAGAUAUGGAUCUUAAUGGCCGGUCGAACGCCUUCGAACCGUGGCAAACCGUCUCUGCCACCGAGCCAACUACAUCCCCGUACUUCAGCCCUAUCAUCCGCGAGGGUUACAAGCGCAUCGCUAAGGCUUUUACAUCGGGCCAUGCGUGCGUGCAAACGAUCGAGGAGGCUGUGAAUGGUAUCCGCAAGUUGGAGCAUGCCAUGGGCAAGCCUGAGAGAGAAUUGGCUCUUGUGACGGAGUGGGCUCAGGAGGAUUCGAGGCAGGAGGAGGAGAUUGUUUCUCCUUGGAUCACAUAUCUUCAUGUUACCACUGCGCAUCAUGCUUCCAUGGUUUCUUCGCAGUACCUCUUCAUAAACCAUGGAGCGCUGUACUGUCCCAGGAACUUCAAGUCAGAAGUCAGGAACAAGGACAAAGCAGCAAUGGCAACCACCACGCCCACACCCACUCUCUUCGGAGCGGACACCAUGAAGCUGAUGAAAGCCAUGACAAGCACGACCCUCAGCACUACAGUAGAGGACGCCACGAUCCCUGCUCCUCAUGCCUCCCCCAUGUUGUCCCUACCACACGAGCUACGCCUCAAAAUCUACGCCCUCGCUCUCCGUCACUCAGAAACCGGCAUCGUAGCCCCAAACCCAACUUCAGAAGACGCACCCCACCACAUCGCCCUCCUCUCCAGCUCCAAAUUCUGGCAACCCGGCUAUCUGAUCCGCGCGCACUCCAGCCUCGAAGACCCCCUUCUACCCUGGCAAAUUCCCGACUACAUCUCCCAGAAUGGGCCGAGCAGGCGCAACCCUGGAGUCCGUCUAGGAUUGAAGAUCGGCAAGAUAAAUAAUACCUCCCCCACCGACCACUUCCUCCACUGUUUCUCCGCCCUUGAUCCCGUGACAGGAGAGGAAAUGGCGGGGGUGCAGAUGGUGGUGGGACACAUUUGUACUUAUCGCUGUCUUCUUCAACCUGCUUUGACGCAAGUGAAUCGACAGUUGCGCGCUGAGAGUUUGCCGGUUUUCUACGGAGUGAAUGACUUCCAUCAUGCCAUGUUCCAGCACACUCUGCCGCCCAACGAUCGCAAGAGCCCCUCGACCUCGGACUCGGCCUCGAACUUUGACUCGGACGUCUGGCACAAACAGGUGGGAGGGAUGCCGGUAGUGAGAUUCACGAAUUGGUGGCGCGGUAUAGGCGACACGAAUCUCCGGCUCAUCAGGUCUUUCAGCCUCGCCACGUCUUUCAGAGACGGACAGAGUCGGAGGUCGAUGCGGGUGCGACAAUCCCUGCUGCGAGGCGAGGAGGAGGAGGAGGAGGAGGAGGAGGAGGAGGAGGAGGGGGAAGGGACGAAUUGGACGAUCGUGGAGGUGGUUAUGGGGAAGACGGAAUAUAGACUCGAUUGCGCCGGGUGGUCGAUUGAUGGAAUGGCGACCACACCUCCAGCACCGGCGGCCUCGAUAGCAGAAGCAGCAAAAGAGACGGCGGCAGAGCGAGAGAGCCGCGAUGAUGUCUUCGAAGUCGCCAGAGGUUUGUUCCAAGGCCGCUUGUGCGCCAUGACGAUCGAACAGGCGGUGGAAAGUUUGGAGGAAGAGGAAGGGCUGAAUGCCGAGUGGAAGAGAGUGUUUGCUCAGUAG